AUGGCUUUGUCGAAUUUGUCUCCAUUAUCAACAGAUCAAACAAACAAUGAUUCAGAUACAAUAAAUCGAUCACCAUCACUAUCACCAUUAGGAACGACAAAAUCACCAGCGAAUAUAAUGACAAUUGAUUAUAGUAGUGCUGAAUCAUUGAACAAAUAUCGGUUAUUUUAUCAUGCAUUCAAAAAAUUGAACGAAAAAAAGAAUGGAAAUUGUUGGAAACAACGACGGUAUAUUAAAAUUUCAAAUAAACCAAAUAUUGACUGA